AGCCUUAUGGUUGCUGGAGUUGACAAACACAACACCCCAUCACCCCCACCCCCCCUCUCUCUCUCUCUCUCUCUCUCUCUCUCUGUUUGCACCUCUGAUCUAGUGCUAAAGCUCUAACAUGGAGUACAGUACCUUAGAACUCAAUGUUAUCUCUGCCGAAGACAUCAAAGAUGUCAAGUACCUCUUCUCCAGGAUGGAUGUAUACGUCGUUGUCUCGCUCUCCGGAUCCGGAAACAAGCAAAAAACCAAAACCAACGUUGACCGAGAUGGUGGCACCAGCCCCUCGUGGAACUUCCCGAUGAAAUUCAUCAUCAACGAUUCUGCAGCCCCAAAAAACCUCCUGACUCUCGAGUUCAAACUCCGCUGUGGUCGUAGCCUGGGUGGCAACAAAGACAUUGGUGAAGUUUACGUGCCCAUCAUAGAGCUUCUCAACUCUGCAGGAGACACUAAUAUACAGUUUGUGAGUUAUCAGGUGACUAGACCAUCGGGAAAGCCCAAAGGUGUACUAAACUUUUCGUACAAGUUUAGCGGGAACGUGGCUGCCGGCGAGCCCCUAAAGCCGAAGGCUAUGACCCCUGAGCUCGUUGCUGCAUAUCCUGCUGCAUCAGUGGCAGAGCCUAGUGCACCACCAUAUGAUGGGUUAUAUCCUGAGAGUGCUCCUCCUCCUCCUCAUCCGGAAGGAUAUUUAUAUGCUCCCCCAGCACCUCCAUACCAGCCAUAUGGUCCGCCACCUCCACCGGGAUAUGGGUAUCCGCCUCCACCGGGUUAUGGGUACCCACCUCCACCAGGAUAUGGGUACCCACCGGUGCAAAAACCGGUGCCGAAGAAAAACAAGUUUGGGAUGGGGUUGGGAGCGCGCCGGGUUGCUAGGAGGAAUGCUUGGAGGCUAUUGAUUGGAGAUUUUAGUGUCUGAUGGUCUGAUGGAGGUAAUUGUGACGCGGGAAUUGGAGAUUUUGGUGGGUUUUGAUGUUUCUAUUUUUUUUCUUUUUCUUUUACUUCUCUUAUUUUUAUUUUUUUGAAAGUUUUUACUUCUCUUUUUAGUUGUGUGAUAAAAAAAAAAAAAAAAGUUAG